AUGUUGUCGCAGAGAUUAAUAGGCCGCACCGCGGUGAGGUCUGCGUUCAAGCCGUCAGGCUGGCAUUGGCCCUUGAAACUGACCAUACAUGUAGAGUCGAGGGAUCUCGUUAUUAUCGGCGGUGGUGUCGCUGGCUAUGUUGCCGCUAUCAAAGCCGGCCAAGAGGGCAUGAAGGUUACAUGUAUCGAGAAGCGCGGCACCCUUGGUGGGACUUGCCUCAACGUCGGCUGCAUUCCAUCAAAAUCGCUCCUCAACAACUCGCACUUGUACCACCAGAUUCUCCACGACUCAAAACACCGCGGUAUCGAGGUCGGCGACGUCAAGCUCAACCUGGCGCAGCUGAUGAAGGCGAAGGACCAGUCCGUCUCAGGUCUGACCAAGGGCGUCGAGUUUCUGCUGAAGAAGAACGGCGUUGAGUACAUCAAGGGCGCGGGCUCUUUCCAGGACGAGCACACGGUCAAGGUCCAGCUCAACGAUGGUGGCGAGACUAGCGUGACCGGCAAGAACAUCCUUAUCGCGACCGGUAGCGAGGUUACGCCUUUCCCCGGCCUUCAGAUCGACGAGAAGACGGUUAUCAGCAGCACCGGCGCCAUUGCGCUAGAGAAGGUGCCUAAGAAGAUGACGGUUAUUGGUGGCGGUAUCAUUGGCCUCGAGAUGGCGUCGGUGUGGUCCCGGCUUGGGUCCGAGGUUACCGUGGUUGAGUUCCUUGACCAGAUCGGUGGCCCGGGGAUGGACACUGAGAUUGCCAAGAACAUUCAGAAGAUUCUCAAGAAGCAAGGCAUCAAGUUCAAGACGGGCACCAAGGUUCUCGGUGGUGAACAGUCUGGUGAGGGUGUCAGGGUCAACGUUGACUCGGCCAAGGGAGGCAAGGAAGAGACGUUUGACGCUGACGUCGUCCUCGUCGCCAUCGGCCGUCGCCCGUACACCGAGGGCCUCGGUCUCGAGAACAUCGGUCUCGAGCUCGACGAGCGUGGCCGCGUGAUCAUCGACUCAGAGUACCGCACCAAGAUCCCCCACAUCCGCUGCGUCGGCGACGCCACCUUCGGACCCAUGCUUGCGCACAAGGCUGAGGAGGAGGCUGUUGCUGCUGUCGAGUACAUCAAGAAGGGCUACGGCCACGUCAACUACGGCUGCAUCCCCUCUGUGAUGUACACCUUCCCCGAAGUUGCGUGGGUUGGCCAGUCGGAGCAGGACCUGAAGAAGGCGGGCAUCAAGUACCGCAUCGGUACCUUCCCCUUCAGCGCCAACUCGCGUGCCAAGACCAACCUGGAUACGGAGGGCAUGGUCAAGAUGCUCGCCGAUCCCGAGACGGACCGGCUGCUCGGUGUCCACAUCAUCGGGCCUAAUGCCGGCGAGAUGAUUGCCGAGGGCACGCUGGCGCUCGAGUACGGCGCGUCGAGCGAGGACAUUGCGCGCACCUGCCACGCGCACCCCACGCUUGCCGAGGCGUUCAAGGAAGCGGCCAUGGCGACAUACUCCAAGGCCAUCCACUACUAA